UAAAAGGCAGAGAGAAUAUCUAUUAUAUUGAGUUUGCUUAUUCUAUGGGUCAGGGUGAGGACUUUUUGUCUCAGGAAUCAAAAUGUUGAGCUGUGACUGGGUGAUUCUUGAUUUGCAUGGGUUGCCGCUAGAUUGCACAUAAUGUUUUACAAAGACCAAGGCUUGAAAGGUGGGAAGGAGUGGAAAAUGCAUGAUUACUUCAACUUAGUAAUAAAGUAUAACAAAACAUAAUAUUUUAUUUCUAGAUUGCCCUCUCCCUCGAAGGGACUCAGGGCAGUUUACAGACACAAAACAAAAAGGCAAACAUUCAAUGCCUCAAAUGAGUACAAACACAUCAAAAUAAUACAAGAUAAUGCACAAUAACUACAGUAAACUUACAACAAAAAAUUAAACAUUGAGAUGAAAAUAAUCAAAAACAAUCCAAUCAGACAUAGUAAACUAAAACAUGAGUAAAACAUUACAACAUAUAUCCUAAAAGCAAUUUAGAUAUAAUUACAUUAAAAUGGCUGACACCAGUGUUCAUUUAAGAUGUAUCGUAGCAGCCAUAAAAUACAAGUGGGUUAGCCAGCGUUCCUAAUGUCCUAAAUAAAAGCUGUGACUCUUAAAUAAAGGGUGGUGUGGGAUGUUAAAGAAUGUUGUGCUUGAGAUACAAAGGAAACAGGCUCAGGGUCCUUUUUCAACAAUCAAAGUCACUGAAUGUCCCAAGGCCAGUCAUUCUUAGCCUAAGCCUGUUGACAUGAUGGUUGUAAAGACAAAAUGGAAAAGGACAAAGCAGAAGAGUCCUUAAGAAAAGGAAGCAGAAGAGAAGGAGGAGAACUGUAGAUGCUGGAUUAAGUAAACUAGCAAAGGAGGAAACUACUACCUGAACAAGUCUAUGGGCAGAUCCUCACAGACACUAUAAUGCGGUUCGAAGCUGGCUGGAGGCUAGGGUGUCCACAAAACAUACACCUCCAAUGUGCACGGCAGCAUGCAUUAAGCCAGAAAAAGUGUAUUAAGAAAAACUCACCAGAAAGUUUGGAAUUGGCCAGGGAAUCUGUUACCAAUACCCUGCAGGGUUAAAAUCUGAGACUGAAAAGAGUGUUUGACAGGAUCUCUAGUGUUGAACACUUAAAAAAAAACCAAGGAAACACAGCUGGUAGAAGGUAAAAAAUUAUUCUCUUGGGAGAGGAAACCACAUCAGUCCAAAGGGGACUCUCACUUUCUGCCCCUUUGUUCUCAUACGUUGUGCCCUGCCAUGGUCUAGUGCUGAUCCUUUUUUUUUUUUUCGUUUCAGGAGCGACAAGAAACUGCAAGUCACUUCUGGUGUGAGAGAAUUGGCUGUCUGCAAAGAUGUUGCCCAGGGGACACCUGGAUGGUUGAUGUUUUAUCAACCUGUGGGAGGCUUCUCUCAUGUCCUUGCAUGGGGAACUGGAGCUGACCUGAUCAAUACAGUUGAAGUGGUUGGAUCCUUAGGGGCAAGUGACCAUGUGCUCGUGCAGUUUGCGAUACAAAGAAAGGCUGAAACUAAGACAAGUCAAACACGCAUUCUGGACUUUAAGAGAGCUGACUUCCAAAAAAUGAAGGAAAUACUGAGCAGCAUUCCAUGGACGCCAAUAUUAAAAGACAAGGGAGUUAAGGAUGGAUGGGAGUUUUGUAAAAGUGAAAUACUCAAGGUGCAAAUGCAAACAGUGCCAACAAAGGAAAAAAAAACAAGACAAGUGCGAAGAAGCCAGAAUGGAUGUCUAAAGAACUUCUAACCGGGCUAAGACUCAAAAGAGACAUGCACAAGAAGUGGAAAAGGGGAGAAAUCACCAAAGAAGAAUUCAAACGUAUAGCCAACUCCUGUAGGGAAAAGGUUUGCAAGGCUAAAGCGCAACAUGAGCUCAGGCUUGCCAGGGACAUUAAAAACAACAAAAAGGGCUUUUUUGCCUCUGUUGGUAGAAAAAGAAAGAACAAGGAGGCAAUAGGGCCUCUGCGAGGAGAAGAUGGGGUGAUGGUGACAGGGGACAGGGAAAAGGCAGAACUACUUAAUGCCUUCUUUGCCUCGGUCUUCUCACAAAAAGAAAGCCAUCUUCAACCUCAGCAACAUGAAAUGGACGAAGGAUUAGGGGAAAUCCAACCCCAAAUAGGGAAACAAGUUGUCCAGGAACACCUGGCCGCUCUAAACGAAUUCAAGUCCCCAGGGCCAGAUCAGCUACAUCCAAGAGAAUUGAAGGAACUAGCUGAGGUUAUUUCAGAACCACUGGCAAUUAUCUUCGAGAGUUCUUGGAGAACAGAAGUCCCAGCAGAUUGGAGGAGGGCGAAUGUGGUCCCUAUCUAAAAGAAGGGAAAAAAGAACGACCCAAACAAUUACUGUCUGGUCAGCCUCACGUCGAUACCAGGCAAGAUCCUGGAAAAGAUCAUUAAGGAAGUGGUCUGCGAACAUCUAGAAACAAAUGCAGUCAUUGCUAAUAGCCAACACGGAUUUACCAAAAACAAGUCAUGCCAGACUAAUCUGAUCUCUUUUUUCGACAGAGUUACGAGUUGGGUCGAUACAGGGAAUGCUGUGGAUGUAGCGUACCUGGGUUUCAGUAAGGCCUUCGACAAAGUCCCCCACGACCUUCUGGCAAACAAACUAGUAAAAUGUGGGCUAGACAAAACUACGGUUAGGUGGAUCUGUAAUUGGCUAAGCGAACAAACCCAAAGGGUGCUCACCAAUGCGUCGUCUUCAUCUAGGAAAGAAGUCAAGAGUGGAGUGCCGCAGGGUUCCAUCCUGGGCCUGGUUCUGUUCAACAUCUUUAUUAACGACUUAGACGAAGGGUUAGAAGGCACAAUUAUCAAGUUUGCAGAUGACACCAAACUGGGAAGGAUAGCCAACACUCCAGAAGACAGGAGCAGAAUUCAAAACGAUCUUGACAGACUAGAGAGAUGGGCCGAAACUAACAAAAUGAAGUUCAACAGGGACAAAUGCAAGAUACUUCAUUUCGGCAGAAAAAAUGGAAUGCAAUGAUACAGAAUGGGGACGCCUGGCUUGACAGCAGUGUGUAUGAAAAAGACCUUGGAGUCCUUGUGAACAACAAGUUAAACAUGAGCCAACAAUGUGAUGCGGCAGCGAAAAAAGCCAACGGGAUUCUGCCCUGCAUCAAUAGGGGAAUAGUGUCUAGAUCCAGGGAAGUCAUGCUACCCCUCUAUUCUGCCUUGAUCAGACCACACCUGGAAUACUGUGUCCAAUUCUGGGCACCGCAAUUGAAGGGAGAUGUUGACAAGCUGGAAAGCGUCCAGAGGAGGGUGACUGAAAUGUUUAAGGCUCUGGAGAACAAGCCCUAUGAGGAGAGGCUUAAAGAGCUGGGCAUGUUUAGCUUGCAGAAGAGAAGCCUGAGAGGAGACAUGAUAGCCAUGUAUAAAUAUGUGAGGGGAAGUCAUAGGGAGGAGGGAGCAAGCUUGUUUCCUGCUGCCCUGCAGACUAGGACGCGGAACAAUGGCUUCAAACUACAGGAAAGGAGAUUCCACCUGAACAUCAGGAAGAACUUCCUCACUGUGAGGGCUGUUCGGCAGUGGAACUCUCUCCCCCGGACUGUGGUGGAGGCUCCUUCUUUGGAGGCUUUUAAACAGAGGCUGGAUGGCCAUCUGUUGGGGCUGCUUUGAAUGCGAUUUCCUGCUUCUUGGCAGGGGGUUGGACUGGAUGGCCCAUGAGGUCUCUUCCAACUCUACUAUUCUAUGAUUCUGGACCAAUUUAACAACUAUUAUGUCAGACACAGAGAAACCAUUGAAAUCCACGAGCAUGUAGACAAUUUCAACAGAAAGGAGGAAACCAUGAAAAUGAACAAAAUCUGGCUACCAGUAUUUAAAAAACUCCAAAAUAAGGAACAACACUCUGAAAACAGAGGAAUUCCAGACAUAAAUCAAUCCAACAGCUAAGGACUCUGAACAAAGGAUUCCCCAAGGCAAGAAGAAGCCAGGAGAUGAAGCUUCCUAGGCUAUUCAGUGCUAAUCAAGGUGGUUAAUUACAACAUUCACACUGGUCUCCAACUGACAAGAGUUCUUUCUCUCACCCUGGACCUUUCACAGAUACAGUAGAGUUUCGCUUAUCCAACAUAAAUGGCAGAACGUUGGAUAAGCGAAUAUGUUGGAUAAUAAGGAGAGAUUAAGAAAAAGCCUAUUGUACAUUAAAUUAGGUUAUGAUUUUACAAAUUAAGCACCAAAACAUGUUAUACAACAAAUUUGACAGAAAAAGUAGUUCAAUACGCAGUAAUGCUAUGUAGUAAUUACUGUAUUUUCGAAUUUAGCACCAAAAUAUCACGAUGUAUUGAAAACAUUAACUACAAAAAUGCGUUGGAUAAUUCAGAACCUUGGAUAAGCGAGUGUUGGAUAAGUGAGACUCUACUGUAUAUAAACCUUCCUUGCUUAGUUUCUCCAUAUACGUCACAACCUCUGAGGCUGCCUGCCACAGAUGAGGGCGAAACGUCAGGAGAGAAUACCUCUGGAACAUGGCCCUACGGCCCGGAAAACACACAACAACCCAAGGGAAAGGUUCUUCUUGCAUCUACAGCUUUGGUCCCCGCUGAACUGCGCUAUGGAACCCUGGCGGGCUCGAGCCCUGCCUGCCCAAGGGGACUGGAUUCCAGAGCAGCAGAAGUGGCGCCUGCCUGCCUUCGUGCUACAAUGGAGCUGCAUGCUCACAAGUCAAGGUGGGCAGGGCGGAGGCGCACAACCUGCUCUCCUCCUCCUCCUCUUCCUCCUCCUCCUGAGGCUGGCAAGGAGGGGGCGUUUCCCGUUUGGCUGCCACUUGCUGCUACUUUUCUUCCAGGCCCCCCGCCCGGAGGCAGGCGGGCGGGCGGGCAGGCGGACGGGCAGGCAGGGGAGACGACGAUGAUGAUGGGGGUGACGGGCCCUCCUGUGGCGCGGGGCAAGGCGGCGGUGCCUCCCGGGGCGCUGUGCUUGGGCGCGGGGCUGUGCGGGGCGCUGAGCUUCGCCCUCCUGGCCGCCUCCCUGGGCACCGACUACUGGUACCUGCUCCGCGUGGACCGCGAGGGCGGCAACCGCAGCGCAGGCGAGGCCGAGAGGCUGGGCUCCCACUCGGGGCUCUGGCGCCUCUGCGAAGGGCAGAAUGCCUGCAUCCCUCUCAUUGACCCAUUUGGAAUAGAGAGCUGGCAAGUCCCCACGUCACUUCAGCAUCUUAUCUGCAUGCACCGAGCCUUUGUGGUCCUGCUGCCGCUCAGCCUCAUCUUGAUUGUUUUUGGCUGGAUCUGUGGGAUCAUGGGGUCCUUGGCCCGGAGCGCCUGCUUUCUUCAGUUCACAGGCUGCUAUUUUCUGCUGGGUGCGCUGCUGACGCUGUCCGGAACUAGCAUCUACAUCUGCUACUCUGGAGCAGCAUUCACAGAGACAGUUCGUAUGUUUGACCAGGAGCGCUUUAAGCACGUCCAUAUUGCCUUUGGCUGGUCCCUGGCUCUCGCCUGGCUCUCUUUUGGCACCGAGGGACUGGCUGGUGUCCUGUUUCUCCUGGCUGCUCGGCAGCUCCAACUGAAGCCCAAUGCAUGUUCAGUGUCAAUUUGACCACCGUUAAAAGGAUAGGAGAAUGGAAUUGGGUGGUGGGGGGUGGGGAGAGAUUACAGGGCUGCAAGAGAACCCUUCACUCUUCCCUUCCCUGUUCCUUAUAAGAAAUCCUGGCUGGUGCUGCUUCCUCUUCCUUCAUAGCUGCAACACACAGACACCCCUUGACCACAGGACCAGGGCUGUGGCUGGAAGAUAGAAAGGUAUCUCUGUGGAUGUUAUGUGAGGAACCAGCUUUUAUUCAUAAGGCCUAGCAGUCACCUUGUUUGCUUGUCAGCUUGAUGAGGCACUAGGAGGGAUGACACUGAAAGCUCCAUUCCUCAGCCUCUAAAUAGGCAAGCAAAGCUGAGACAGAAAGAUUAGAAAGCAGCACCCUGUCCCUUUCCCAAGAAUUUCUUACUUUGUCCCCUUCUAUACAUAGUUAUUCCCAUUAAGUAUGGUCGUCUUCCUUUGGUGUGCCUUGGACACCUUGCAAUAUUUGGAUCCAGUAAGCACAUGUAGAAUUAUUUGAAAAAAAGUGAUUCCUUUCAGACAGAGGAGUCUGUCAGCAGUGGGUACAAUGCUUGCUGUACCAGAGAGGAGCUGUCAAGGAGACAGUUUAAUCGUUGUUCCAGAAUGUUCACUGCUACUGUCUGCAGCAGGUCACUCUAUAUGACUUCUUUGUCCUAAGAUCCUGCUAGUUCUGCCUCCUUUCCUGAAACAAGGGCAUGAUGCAGCCUGCAGAAAGUCUCUUACACACAGAGGCACACGGGGUGUUGGUAGCAGACUGAAAAAAAGUGGACACUAGUGUUUCACAAAAGUCUGCUACUGCACUCUCUGAUGAGGCUGGAAAAGGAGAACACCUAUUUUCAUGCAGAAUGGGUUCCAGGUCAUGAAGAGACAGCAACUCCUUUGGAAGAAAGCUCUGGAGCAGGUAGCCUGAGGUCUGUAAAGAAAAUGAUUCUGGAAAGUUCACCUUCUAGAUUUUAGUUGGCACUCCUAAAACUGACUCUCCAUAGCAGGGGAACGACCAGCCAUAUCUGGCUGUUUUUAUCAUUCUACUGAAUGUAGAAUAAUAACAAGAUGCCAUUGUAGCAGAGGACAAUAUGCAGAGCAGAGUGAAGACUAUAUUUUAGGUCUUGGAUAUGCUGACUGUCAACUAUGAUCAAAGGAUGAAGUGUGUCUUGAAUCUUGGUCUAAUCUGUAGGGAGGUCAGGAACAGUAGGCACUUGUUUGUUCUUUUGUGUGCAUAGGGUUUGGAGUUCAGGCUUACAUUUCUACUGCAAAGCCCUGCACAAUAUGUAGACGUCAGCCUUGAUUUCAGGUCGAUUGGCACAAUUGAAUCAGAAACUAACAUAACUGAGUUUUGAGAGCCUGCCUUGGCUUAAUUCCACAUUGGCAUGCCAAGCACCAACUUAAACUUCUGGUCUGCAGGCUGAAAGGAUGUCACUGCCCACAGUUGUCCAGCACAAAGUGCAAUUUGUUCAAAGCCAGUUGUGUGUCAUGAGGGGAGAUGUCACAGUGCCAGACAGCACGGAAGCAGUGCUCACCCCACGGGAAGAGCUGCACGCUAAUGGCAUGGCCUGUGACAGCAAUCUCCUCUGCACUCACGGCCUCCAUUAGCUCACACAAUCUGUCAGGAGUCAGCCUGGGUGUUAACAAUGUCACCAUGACAAUAUUGGUCUCCACUGUGGCUGGAUUUAUGGAGCAGAGAGGAGAACCAAGAUCACAGACACCUGUGAGGAAAAAUGAGGUGGUCAGAAAGAUGCGACACCACAGAACCCCUCUAUGCUACAAAGGAAAAAUGUACAUAUGAUACAGUGUAAAAGGAAGCAAAGAAGGCAGGUUCUUUGCAAUUAACAAGAAAGACUAACCUGAAAAAUGGGUCUCCAAGGUAGAUAUUAACACCACAGUAAAAGAAAUCUACCUUCACUCAUGAAGUGGAAUUUAUUACUCUGAGAUGACUUAGCAGUGUGACUGUAUCUCUCCCCAUUCCCACAACAUAAGCACCUUGGGCAAAGCACCUGGCGUUGCUAUGAUCCCUUUGCAGUGUCUCCUCCACAUGGCUUAAUGCAACAAGGCCUGCUGCUGCCAGAACCCCUGCCUGGCACAUCCCACCUCCAAGGAGCUUGCGUACACGCCAGGCUUCGGAGAUGAAAUCUUUGGAUCCUACCAGAAGUGAGCCGACUGGUGCUCCCGCACCCUGUGAAGCAAAAAGAAAACAGGAAUCAUGCGGCAUCCUAACCCCUUUACCCAAGUCCCUCUGAGAGAUUCUGCCUGUAUUAUGCAGUUGUUCUUUAGCAGCCUCCUCUAAUUACCUUUAGUUCAUGCAUGGGAAAUAUGUCACCCUCCAGGGGUUUUGGAACUGCUCCUUCCAUCAGCAAGCAAAGCAAGUAAAGAAACAUGGGAACUGCGGUCAAGCACCCCCACUUUUCCUCAACUUGGUGAGGAGGAAUCUGACAAAGCAUCCAGGCUAUUUUUGGAUAUUAAAGGUAUCGUCACAGAUUCCUGACACAGCUUAUAAGUGCUUCAUUUAUACUCCUCGAGCUCCCUGCAAUAUUUACAGUCCCACUAGUAACUUCUCACCUUAGAGAGGCAGAAAGAGAUGGAAUCACAGUGCUGAGAGAUUUGAGUUGCUGGCACUCCCAGUGCCACAGCAGCAUUAAGCAAACGGGCACCAUCCAUGUGUAUCCGCAACCCGUACCGCUGGGCUAGCUGACUCAACUGUGUAGGAAAGGAGACAGUCAGCAUUUGAAAGAAUGACCAACAUGAUCCAGAGAAAGACAACCCUGGGGCAUUCUGACUUGAGAUAGCACAUUUAGACCAGAGAAUGGUGGCCCUAGUUCUGGGAUAAGACAAUCCUGGAUUGCAAUUGGGGAAGGCUGGUUGGCCCAUUCCAGCUAUCGGAGAAACAAAAAUCUCCAAGAAGGAGAUUGCUUAUUAAUACUGUACCCAAACAGGACAGCUUGAGUUGGGGUUUCAGUUCAUUAUUGUCAUUUAUUACCAUAGUUUCUGUAAUAGCACAGGGAAAGAUGUUAAGAAAUGUAUUGGGCCAAACAAAAAUGAACAGAUUACAUUGUGCAAACUUUUGAAGUUCCACUGGGUUCUUCAUCAGAAAAAGAAAAAAUGUUGGUGCAACAGGCUUUCAUUUUUUAAAGAUGUUUUUGUUAAAAUGGCAAUAAAACGUAUCAUAUCAAUGUAAACAGGGGUCACUCCCCUCUUUGACUAUGUGGGCACUGGAAAAUCCAGGCAGUAAAAAUUAAAUUCCAUUAGUAAUGGAAAAAGCAACUUCCCUUGAAAUCCAGGCCUUUUCUCUCCUGGGUGAAGCUUCUACUGCUUUUCUUGGGCAAAGAACACUGAAUGUCUCAAGAAGUCUCUGUACUGUUGCAUGUGGAAACAUCUUUUAGGCGCUGUGUAAGUAAAACUUACCAAAUGCAGUCCCAAUGAAGAUACUUUAUCUGUGUUGCAGAUUAAAAGAGUUAAGUUCUUGCCUCUUUUAUUCUUCUGUAUUUUUCCUUCUCCUAUAUGAUUUUAACAUCAUUGCUUGAUGGGGAAGGAGCUUUAAAAGCUUGCAUUGUAUAUUUUGUGCACUUUUGAUUGGCCUGGAAAAGAUAUUGCUAUUUUGGAAAUUUUGAAUGUUGUUGCUUGGCCAAAACAUUGGUUAUGCUAAUAGCUGGAUCAUAAUCUUCUAGUAGAGCUGGAUGUUUGAAUGCCCAACACAAGCCCUAAUCCCCAAAAUAGUGUAGCAAUUUCCAUAUCUUGGAACUCCCUAAGCAUGUUUAGGCAUACCUUUGUAAAUUAAAAGAAAUGUAAUUGGUCUGACAAUGUGUCAGCUGAAAGCAAUACUGAGAAAAAGACUAUCAAGUUUCCUGAUAGUUACAGACAGACUUCCUGGCAGGAUUGAACAUUUGGGUGGUAGGAAAAGGAAGCACAUAUCCUUUCAACAUAUAGGAGCAGUGGAUACCUUCUGCUCUUUGACAAAGCUAACACUAAAGAAUUAUGGGGAUUUUGUAUUGAAAGUUGUUGUUGUUGUUGUUGUUGUUAUUAUUAUUAUUAUUAAAAUCAAAAGCUUUCCCAUUUUGUAGAAAGAAGGACCAAAUUACUAUAUAGAUAUUUGUCGGAGGCCACUCUUAUUGUUGAUAGCCUUUUCAGAAAACCCACAAUGAGAACAUGUGUCCUUUCAGCUAGAACAGUGGUUCUCAACCUGUGGGUCCCCAGGUGUUUUAGCCUACAACUCCCAGAAAUCCCAGCCAGUUUACCAGCUGUUACGAUUCCUGGGAGUUGAAGGCCAAAACAUCUGGGGACCCACUGAUUGAGAACCACUGAGCUAGAAACUGUGAUGAGUGUUUGCAAUGUACAGCUGGAGGAUAGCUGUUGUACUCACUUCCUGCAGGUACGUGAGAGGUAGGAUGCGUCCCCCGGCUGAGCAGUGUGUGUUCUCCAGGCAGAUGAGCUCAGGGCAAGGGUAAUACUUGCUUCUGUGGGACUCCUGGAUCUUGCGUUCCACUUCAUCAAGACAGAAGGUCCCAUUGGGCAGUUCCUGCAACAGCUGUGAAUGGACUCCAGCCACCUGUUCCAGAGCAGUGAAUGGGACGAGGCAAUGUCAGUGAGAGUGGGAUUUCUAGAUCAGCUGCUAAACAAGCAUCACCAAAGCUUUAAUCCAUGGUUAGAAAAGUUCUGGCUCUCCAGAUGCUGCUCAACUGCUUCUCCAAUGAGUUCAAGUCAGCAUAGCCAAUGAUGAGGAGUGAGAGUAGUUGGAAUCCAACCAACUUCUAGAUCAAUGAUUCUCAACCUGUGGGACCCGAUGUUUUGGCCUUCAACUUCCAGAAAUCCCAACAGCUGGUUGGGAUUUCUGGGAGUUGUAGGCCAAAACACCCAGGGACCCAUAGGUUGAGAACCACUGUUCUAGGUGGUCAGAAUUCAAUUACAAGUUGCCUACCCUUGUAAUAAUUGGAUAAAGUGGGAAUUAUGUCUAAGUAAGGACAUGUAUAUGUGACAGAUUGUGGUUGUCCCGAGUGUGGAUUUCUGAGAAGUCAGUAUUAAUCUAAUGUAGGAUUAAUGUAGAAUUGAUGCUUCUGUUCGAUGUUUUGUCUUAUGUCUGAUAACAGGUUGCAUUUUUAAUUUAAUUUUAGUUGUUAAGUCAUACUUUGUUCUUAUAUGUUGGGUUGUCAAUUUUUGUUAUUAUGGGUGUAUUGUUGUGUUCAGGCAUUGAAUGUUUGUCUUUUAUGUUUGGAAUCCGUCCUGAGUCCUUCCGGGAAGAUGGGGUGGAAUAUAAAUAAAGAUGAUGAUGAUGAUGAUUAUUAUUAUUAUUAGGAGCAAAAUUCUAAAUUAAAUAGGCCUUGCUUCUGAUCAAAUCAUGCAUGUUGGACAAGCAUAUGUUUCUGUGUAUAACUCCUUCAACGGGAUAGACUGCCAUAUGAUAACAAGUCAAUUAUGGUACGAUCUAAUAAGAAGUAGAAGUGAAUAUUACUCAGAAGUGUUAGAAGUAUGCAAGUUAUUUAAAUAUAAGAAUAUAGAGGGAAAAUCUUUGUGUGAGUGCAGGCAGAAUGAAUCCCAAAUAUUAUUUGCAAUUUCAGUAUUGAGCUUUAAAAAGGUAAGUGGAUGAAGGACACCUCAUGCCCCUUCCUGAUCUAGAUAGAGACUUUAGGGCAGUUUCUCAAAUUGUGCUCCUCCAUAUGUUUUGGACUUCAGCUCUCACAAUUCUUCAUAACUGGUAGGCUGGCUGGGAUUUUUGGGAGCUGAAGGCCAAAACACCUGGAGGAGCACAGUUUGAGAAAGACUGCCUUAGGGAUAUUUUCUAGCCAAUAGAGGGAAAGGAGGGAAGCUUAGCUGUUUGAAGACUGUAGGGUUCAUCCCCAUAGUUUCUCAAGUUGCUCCUGACAGCUGAAAUUUAUCUAUUGGUUUGGAAACUUACCAGAGGAUCUAUAUGAGCCACAAAGAACUACUUCCCUCUUGUUUCCCUGCUGCAAUUGAGUUUGGGGGGAAAGCACCUCCCUCUCAAGUCAAUGGAAAGUUUAACUCUCCCACCACAGUCUCCUUCAGCUGUCUCCACACACUUCAAUUAAGCUUGAAAACAAGAUUUCUCCAAGCCCAUGAGUGAUUAAAUACUCAUAUCUCAAUGAUGGAUUGGUGUUUUCCAUCUUUUCUGCCCAAGAUUAGUACUUUCCAGGGAUCUCUGUACAUUAUGGCUGUCAUGUCACCUCCAGCUUGCCCAGGAAACUAGAUACUACCACUUGUGUGGAACUAUUUGACUGUUCUCUCACUUCGCUUCACACCUUUCUUUUGUCGCCCAUGGGUGCCUGGCAUUUUACAAAAUAAAAUGAGAAAAAGUCUAAAUUCAAUUAAUUACAAUACAGCAUAAUCUCCUUUCAGUGAAGGAGAUUCAACAAUAGAACGAAAGCAAAUGAAGACACUGGGAGGCGGGGGGAGGUAAGGGCAAACGUUUACCUCUGACGUUAAGUUUAGUCGUGUCCAAUUCUGGGGGUUGGUGCUCAUCUCAAUUUCUAAGCUGAAGAACCAGCAUUGUCCAUAGACACCUCCAAGGUCAUGACUGCAUGGAGCGUCAUUACCUUCCUGCCGAUGCGGUACCUAGUGAUCUCACAUUUGCAUGUUGUCGAACUACUAGGUUGGCAGAAGCUGGGGCUAACAAUGGGAGCUCACCCUGCUCCCCGUAUUCAAACCGCUGACCUUUUGGUCAGCAAGUUCAGCAGCUCAGCCGUUUAACCUGCUGUGCCUACCGGGGGGGGGGGGGAUCCCAAAUUUUUAGUGUAAAAGAUGGCUUGAGGGAACUAAGAUGGUGAACUCAUUUAGAAAAGCAAUUCCCAGGACAACCCCCCACCACACACAAAUCUUUACAAAUACUUUCUAGUUGCUGCUAUAGUGAAUUAGAAAUAGCUUUCUAGUUAUAGGCAGUUAUUUUGAUUUUGAAGACAGAAGUUAGCCAGUAUGAUGUAGUGGUUUGAGCCCUGGACCAAGCCCCCUCUGACACAAAUCUUGCCCAAAAGACUCCGUGGCUGGUUUGCCUUGGUGGCAGCAUAAGGCAGAAAUGACUUCAUCACCUCCACCACAAAUACAGAUUUAAAUUGUUCAGCCCUGGAUUAAGGAAGCUGCUAAGAAAAGGGUGCAGCUUUCACUACUACUGACCACUAGAGGGAAGCACAUCACUAGGUUUCUCCCUGUUUCUCAACCACCAGACUCAAUUUUGGAAAAGCCUUGGAAAACCAAGUCCUUUUGUCCCUUUGAUGACUUCAUUUGCUUUGGCAGCUGCAAGUAAUACAGGGCCUUUCCCAUAACACAUUCCAGAUAUGCCUCUUGAGGUGGUUUAAUUAGGCGGCUCAUUCAGUACUUUUUUUGGAUGUAACUUGGGCAUCAUUUUUCAGUCUUGACAUCGGAGCUGGAAUGGCUACAGCACAUGAUCCUCUGUAAAGCUUUGAAAUACUGUGCUCCUGAAUUGUUGCUAUUCUUUAUUAGUAUUACUAUCACUAUGCAUUUAUAUCCCUUCUUUGGUCUUACAGGUUCAAGGCAACACACACAGCUUCCCUCUUCUUUUCACAACAACCCUGUGAUGCAGGUCAGGUUGAGAGAAUACUGGCCCAAAUGAAUGUCAUGACAGACUAACUUAACUGUCCCAAAGCAUAAUCCAACAUACUAACUAGAUCACUUUGGAAUUUUUUGGGUGUUUCAAACCUGAGUGUUAAAUAGAAACAAAACUUGGUUGUGCGGCCAGGCUUUCAAAUAAGAAUCGGCAGCGCCAAUUAUUAUUAUGUACGCCAGAACCCAAUUGACAGACCCAGUCUUUUGAACCUGAACAUGUCCAUUUGUAUUUUUAAAUGUUUUUAUGAAUGUUGAUGUAAAUUAAUAAUUUUUAAUCAGAUUUAUAUGUACUAUAUAAUUUUUAUAUGUGCGUUUAUUGUAAGCCGCCUUGAGUCCCCUCUCGGGUGAGAAGGACGGGAUAUAAAUGUUGUAAUAAAUAAAUAAAAUAAAAUGUGAUCAAAGA